UACAGCAAGGUGGCCGCAACUGCCUCUGUGACCUGGCAGAGAGCACAGAUGUGCAUCCAAAGCACCGUGUCCCUGCUCUCCGGCUGCCUGAAGAAUGGCAAGAACGUUGCCAUUGUCCUAAAGGGCAUCGGGGUGCUCCACAUUGACCUUUCAAAUGAAAUUCUACCGUGACUUCCUCGAGAAGCUGUCAGGCAAAGAGAAAUUCAGAAGAGCUCUUCUCAAGGCCCCCUGGCUGCUGGACAUGGUGGCGUCCCGAGCGGCACCGGUGGCCUCCCUGGCGCUCUCUGGCUGCCUUGUCGUCUUUCCCGAUCUGCUGCCAGCGAUCUGCGCAGUGCCUGAAGGCCAAAAGCAGCUGCUGACCUGCCAGCUGCAGGGCCAGGAAGGAAGCAAAGGCCAAGAUGACCUGGGCCGAGCGCUGGAAACCAAACACAUUUGCUUCCAUGAGGAAGAACGAGAAGCGGUAGAAGCCCAUCGUGUGGGUGCACUGCUGAAGUUCUGAAAGCCAAGGCCUCGCUCCCUCAGGUUACCUUGAGGGAGACAACAGCUUUCAUCAAAGAUUCAAGAUCUUCCUCAAGGGCUCAUUCCAGCCUGUCCAUGGAGUCCCAAGGCCGCCCAUCCAGGCUGCCACUUGUGGCUUGCGACUCUGUCAAACUUGUCAGGCAGAGGACUGAGAAGAGCAGGCAGAAAGAACCUGAGGAGAUGGCAGUAUCAUCAUCUCAGGGUGAGGCCAGCUAGCCUGAGGAGUCCUCCGCCGGGAAAUGCACGGAAGAGGGACAGUGGGGGCCCAUCCGCGAUCUCUUUCCUCUGGAGAUGCUUAGGAGCAAAACUCUUCUGCUGGUAUGGGAGUAGGCAAGGGAUGAAGAGAGGAAUAGGAGUUGCUGCCUUCCUCUCGGUGCCCUGACCUGAAGCAACCACCGGGGUCACGGAUUCCCAUAAGCCUCGGCUUUCUAUCUGUACAGAAAUCCUUCUUGUUUUCUACGCAUAUGGAAAGCUCUAGAGAAAAAUAAAACAAA